AUGUUCAUCAACAAGUUCCCUCCUCAUAUUCCAGAGGUGAAGAUACCUGAGGACCGGACUGUCAAUGUUCUUGCUGAGGUCAACAGGGGCUUCGUUAGCUUGAGGGCGAUUGGUCAAGGCCGUGACAAAAGGAAUUCCUUAUUGUAUGAUGUGAUUGCAGGUUCGUGGAUCCUCGACAGCUGCUGCAAUUUCCCAACUUUGUUCUACAUAGUCUUCAUGGUGCAUUACAUCGUGUUUGUUUUGUACAAGAAAUAUGAGGACAAGAUCAUCGAUUAUUUUGGAGAGAAUGCCAUGGUUGAACUGAAGAAGUACUACGCCAUCUUCGAUGAGAAGUGUUUGUCCAUGAUUUCCAAGGGUCCAUCGAAGGAUAAGAAGUAG